UCAACUUUAUAUGCUAUUAUGCGUUAAAUGUUUAGGCCUGGCAUUCAGCAUGCGAAGUAUUCUGAGGUCUCUCCUGUUUAACUCAAGAAAAAACGUGAAAGCUAAUGUAAACAAGAUUGUCUCAGUCCUUAACGACAUCACUAAAGAAAGAUUAAUCGUCCAAGGGACCAUUUUUCAUGGGCAUUUGAUAAAAACAGGCAUUUCUUCUCAGAAACACAUUGCCAUUAAAUUGCUUAUUAUGUACUUUAAAUCCAGAAAACCAAAGGAAAUUGAUCAGAUGCUGAAGGAGUUUGAUGGGUUCAACUUAGUUGUGCAUAAUUGUCUGAUUACUGCAAAUCUUGAGUGGGGAAAGCUGGAUGAAGCUCGUCGACUGUUUGAUGAAAUGCCUGAGAGAAAUGAGGUUUCUUGGACUGCUAUAAUUUCGGGGUUUUUGAGGUUUGGAAAAGUUGAUGAGGCUAUUUGCUACUUUGAGAGAAACCCAUUUCAGAAUCUGUUUUCCUGGACUGCAACUAUAAGUGGGCUUGUUCAAAAUGGCUUGAGUUUUAAAGCUAUGAAGCUGUUUGUAGAGAUGCUUCAAUCUGGAGUAAUGCCCAAUAAUGUCACUUUUACCUCUGUUAUUAGAGCGUGUGGAGAGUUGAGUGAUUUUUAUUUGGGAGCGUGUGUAUUGGGUUUGAUUGUUAAGGUUGGUUUUGAACAUGACUUGUCAGUUUCAAAUUCUUUGAUCACGUUUAACUUGAGAUUGAAUGAUACUGUUUCAGCAAGGAGAAUUUUUGAUAGGAUGCAGAGUAGAGAUGUCGUUUCUUGGACCGCGAUUUUAGACAUGUAUGUUCAGAAGGGAGACUUAACUGAAGCUCGUCGUGUCUUUGAUGAGAUGCCAGAAAGAAAUGAAGUUUCUUGGAGUACAAUGAUCUCGAGGUACAGUCAGAGUGGUGAUGCAGAAGCGGCGGUGAAUCUCUUCUAUUGCAUGGUCCAACAGGGAUUUAAACCGAAUAAGUCGUGUUUAGCAAGCGUAGUAAGUGCAUUGUCGAGCCUUGAAGCUUUGAUAACGGGAAGGAUUGUUCAUGGACAUAUUUUAAAAAUUGGGAUUGAACAAGAUGCUUUCAUUGGUAGCUCACUGGUUGACCUGUACUGCAAAUGUGGAAGCUCUAAGGAUGGACGUGUAGCAUUUGACUCGAUAUUGGAGAAAAACGUUGUUUGUUGGAAUUCAAUGGUCAGUGGUUAUAGCCUCAAUAACCAACUCGAAGAAGCUAAGGAGCUAUUUGACAAGAUACCCCAAAAAAAUAAUAUUUCAUGGAAUUCGCUAAUAACAGGUUAUUUAGAGUAUGAAAAAUUUGAUGAAGUUUUUGAAGUUUUCAGUGACAUGCUUCUGUCUGGAGAACAACCAAAUAAAUCUACUUUCUCUAGUGUUUUAUGUGCUUGUGCGAGCUUAGCUUCAUUAGAAAGGGGGAAGAACUUGCAUGGUAAGGUCAUUAAACUUGGCUUUCACUCUGAUGUUUUCGUGGACACUGCCCUUCUAGAUAUGUAUGCCAAAUCGGGUAAUGUUGAAAGCUCUAAGAAAAUCUUCAAAAGGAUGCCCAAACGUAACGAGAUUUCCUGGACAGCUAUGAUUCAAGGGCUUGCAGAAAACGGCUUUGCAGAGGAAGCACUUCCUGUAUUUGAAGAAUUUGAACGGACGAAGUCCGUUGCUCCUAAUGAGCUUAUUCUUUUAGCAGUUUUAUUUGCUUGUUCCCACUGUGGUCUUGUAGAUAAAGGACUCCAUUACUUCAAUUCAAUGGAAAAGGUCUAUAAUAUACAACCGAAUUCUAGACAUUAUACCUGUGUAGUGGACAUGCUGUCUCGUUCAGGACGCCUUUCUGAAGCAGAGAAGUUCAUCUUGGACAUGCCUUGUGAACCAGACGUUCAAGCCUGGGCAGCUCUCUUAAGUGGUUGCAAAACAUACAGAAAUGAGAGGAUGGCAGUAAGGGUAGCCGAAAAGAUUUCAGAGUUGGCAGAAAAGCAUCCCGAAGGAUAUGUGUUGCUCUCAAAUGUUUAUGCUUCGGCUGGAAGAUGGUUAGAUGUCUUACACACGAGAAAACAAAUGAAGGAAAAAGGACUGAAGAAAAGCGGGGGAUGUAGUUGGAUUGAAGUGAGAAACCAACUCCAUUCAUUUUAUUCCCAGGAUGGUUCUCACAAUGAGUCCACAGAGAUUUACGAGGUUUUGGAUCUAAUGAGGUCAGAAAUGCAGCUUAUAUAGAUUGCUCCAUAUUUUGAAGGGCAGUUAAUUGAAGCCAGUUUCAGAACAGAGGUCCAUUCCCAGAAAAUUGAGUGAAUAAAUUAUCUCGUGGAGCAAAAGGUUUUGAACCAUUGCUGCAUAAAUGCCUGCCUGACACUGUAAUUUGGUAAAGUGAAACUGACUUACUGACAUAUUGGUUCUUUUCUAAAGAACGCAGUUUCCUUAGAUGUCAUGAGAUGGAUUCAAGUAGGAAAAGCUCUCUCUUCACUAAUCUCAAUUCCUUCACCUAGUGGUUAAGAGCUUUCUUUCUACCGCCACCAAAAAACAAGGAAGGGCUGAUAAGUUGGAAAGUGAAGUUGGCAAUGUAAACAAAAAGGAAAGAAUGACUCAUUCCGACUAGUUAUAGCUUGCUGUAGACAUUGUAUAAGUCUACUUUUUGACCUUUUCCGCCAUUGACAAAGGCUCUUUGGAUUAAUAUUCAUUGAUUAUUCCAUACAACAACAACGACGCCUCAAUCCCAAGCAAGUUGGAGUUACUAUAUGAAUCAUCAUUGUCCAUAUCACUCCUUCUAAGCUCAUCUCGGUCAAUAUGAUAUAAUCCAUUGAUUAUUCCGUCAUUUGUAUACUUCCAUAAUACUCCUACUUCCCGGAAAGAUAAUGAUUUGACACAGGAACACUGGUUACUUGCAAAUGUCUAUAAGCGGUGGCAAAUUUUGGAGGAUAAUGGAGACUGGUUGCCGAAACUAUGCUCGUCUUAAUGUGUGUAACUUCUAUACAUUGAAAGUGUAAAAUUUUUGUUACAUUAUUAGGUCACCUACAAGAGAUCUUCAUAUAAUAGUUCAUAAAAAGUGAGAUCAGUAACUUGGAAAACGAAGCAAGUUACUUGU